AUGCACCGGGCAACGAAGAUUGAUUCCCGGGGUAACUGCAAAGUUGGGGAUGAGAUCAGAAAACAAUUCCACACCAAGAAGGGCAAGCUUCGUUUGCAGCAGAUCUUUCAAUCUUGUGGUUACAAUGUGGAUGUCUUUGUCAUGGAGGUUGAAUUGAUCCAGGAAGAUCUGCUUGCCAAUGACCUGACGAUUGAAGGUGAGUACAUGAGCGAGGACGCGAUGAAAACCGUGUGGGGUUGGAGCGAGCGUGAUCGUUACCAAGACGAUGUGACCCUCUACUGGGCAGAGACAGCUGUCAAAGCCAGUCAAAAGCGACGCAGCACCUCUUCUAUGAAGCGCAAGCUUGCUUGGCAAGAGGAGGGUUCAGGGGCGGAUUUGGCGGCAUUUGAUCAGCCAAUGUGCUUGGGUGGCCCUGGAGACAAACGGGGUCGGGAUUUCGUGGCCAAAGUUGAUUCCUCUGCAGAUGGUGCUAAGCCUUCCAAAAAGGGCAACAAGAAUGAUCGUGUCAAGAAACCAAAGUCUGACGAAGGUUCUACUGAUGAGUCAUCCGAUUUGGAGGUUAGCAGCACGGAAUGCAAAGCCCGCGCUGCUGAGAGCCGAGCAAAGAAGGAGAGGGAAAAGGCAGGCUUGCCUGAGGCCAAAUUGCAGAAAGGUCUUGCUCGCUUUGAAGCAGCACAGAAUCUCACCCAGCUCCAAGAUGCGAUGAAGUCCAAGCUGAUCUCCGUGAUGGCUGACCUGAGAAGCCACGGCCAGUCAAUCGAUUCCAUCUACACCCAGGGUGUCGUGAAUGGGUUUAGUGAACUGCCCCUCAUCUUGAAUUGA